AGGAUAAUAUACUAGGAAUUCUUAUCAAAUGAAGUGUAACAUGAACUAGGAACGUACAGCACAAGGUACACGUUAACAACGCAAAGAUGUUACUCUUUACCAGUCUUAUAUGCUUCUUGGUCGUGGUACCAUUAUACGGAAUAGGUAUUGACCUUUUGAAAAUCUAUUUCCCUGCGUUAACACAGAAGAUCGAGGAAAAUGGAAAGGACAUAGAACGUCACGCUAGCAACUUAAUGGAUAGGGUUAGAGGUGAAAUAAAUGAAAUGAUGAUGGAAAGAAGUGGAGAACCAUUGCCACCUUUGCCAGGUGGUUUCAACAGCUUUCAAAAUGAAAGAUGUGGACCGAUAGGAGAUGACCCGAGAACACUGAAUGGCGAUCUAUGUGUCAUACUCCAAAAGACGUGUCACAUCACUGAGGAAGAGUUUGAAUUUGCGAGGCAAACAUUGGCCGAAUCUUUUGAAAUGUUUGGGUCUGAUAUGUCAGUCACUUUAAUUACAUACAAAGACGAUAUUCAGGUUGAUAUUCCGUUCCAACCAAUAUCUGGCUCUGUUUUGCUAGCUAUUGAAGAGUUGGAAUAUCAAAAGCAAGGGAGAGCAAACAGAUUCAGAUGUGAGCACUGCCAAGCGUUGACAUACAAAGCACUAGAAAAAUGUAGAGAAAUUUUAGAAACAGAGGGUAGAGACGAUAGAUAUUUCCCAAAUUUAGUGAUUUCGUUUACUGACGGGGUUACAUUUAAAAAUAAAUUCAACUGGGAAUCGGAACGACGUAAAACAUUGCAGGAAGCUCAGGCAUUACAGGACAUGCAAGCCGUGAGCGUAGUGGUGAUGUUCAAUAACACUGCAGGGAGCUACACUGGAGAUGAUGAGUGGAAUGCAUUGCAUAUCCCAAGUACAGUACCUGGUGUAAAAGCAGUAGGACCUAUCGAUAUAACCGACCCAUCAGCUGCGUUUGGUCUCCCUGACGUACUUCGACCUGUUCUUGGGGACGAUGUUCAGCAAGACGAGGUGUUUUUGCCGGGAUCACAAUCUGGUUUCUUGGGACAGUCCCUGUUUCAGGCUUUCCCAGCCUGUCCAGAUCCUUGUACCCAAUUCGCCGAUGUCGCACUUAUCAUUGACAGAUCCGACAGUAUUCCGACUCCUGAUAUUGAACGUGUGCUUCGUUUCUUUACAUUUUUUAUUAACGAGUCCACGGUCGACUUCGCAUCGGGGUUACAGUUUGCUAUUUUUACCUAUAAUGGAGAAGUUUAUCAACAUGCUUUCCUAGGAAAGCAUAGAGACAAACAAACUCUCUUGAACAUUAUGGAUGCCAUUCCAAGGACAAAUGCAAAAUAUACAGAGACGGGGAAAGCACUCAACCUAGCGUACCGCCAUUUGCUUAUGUUCAACAGACGUGGAGCUAGAAAGACCAUACUAAUUGCCAGCGAUGGUCGAACUUGGCCGGUUGGCUUUAAGUUCACGAAUUCCAGAAGCACCAUUGCAGCUGCCAGUAUCGCGAAAAGAAAUAAUAUAACAAUAUAUAUGCUUGGUAUGCCAAAUUUGAGAGGCGCAAAUACGGGUAUGAACGAGUGGACUAGAGUUGCAAGCGAGCCAAUUGGAUGUACGAUUGUCAACAUGCAAAUUCCAGGAUUCAAUUACACGCACUUGUAUUUGGCUGGUGUAGCACUCACAAAUGAACUCUGUAAAAAGGAUGAUUCUGCUAGUAAAUGCGUGUUUAAACAUACUGGAAACUACACCGAUGAAGAAGAACAAAUGGAACCAUGAAUGGCAAUCUGUAUUAUAUACUUUGAUUUAAUAAUCUAACUAUCGU